CUAUCACACUGCCCAUCCUACCAAUACCGAUCCCGACCCAAGCCAAUAACCCACCCCCAACUGCGCCUUUCGCAUCAGAGUCAAAAAUAAACCAUUGUCAUUCUACCAAACCACCACGUUGUCGACCACCGGCUUACUACACCCGUACCUUUUCUGUCUCUUCUUACGCUCAUACCACCGGUUCCCACAAUUCCCUCACCAUGACGGAACGGUCUGGCCCCCUGCACAUUCUAACACGCUGAAGUAGCAACCGUUCCAAAUCUGUGCGCAAAAAGAAGUCGGCACGCCCCUGGAACCUUUCGCUACGACCCGCCCACUUUAGUCUCAAAGCCUUGUCCCUCAAACACCACCUCCUCCAGAUCCACCACCCCCUUGACAUAUAAACAUGCCGAUGCCGUCAGUCAUCAACAUGGUGGUCCGUCCACAAGAAAGACAGCCGUUGCUUCCUCACCCAAGUCACCCGAGUCCGGGCUACAAUACACUCUCAUUAAUCAAUCAGGAAAAGGGGUCACUCACUUCAUCGACAAUACACACAUCCCAACCUUCAGCAAACAAGCGCCUAUUUUUACUUGCACUACGCACAAAGAUCAUACUCAUUAUGGUCGCUAUACCAGCAUUUCUCCUCGCCUCGUCGGCAGUGACGUCGCUCGGUCCUCUUACUCCUCGCGAUACCGUCAUCAGAUCACCUCAGCCUGCAGAACCGCAGACAACCUCCAAUUCGAACCUCUUCGCUUCCGUACAGGGACCGCUCAUUUCAACACAGUUCGCUGACCCCGCGAUUAUUCAUGUUAAUGGCAUCUCUUACGCGUUCGCAACAAACAACAAAGGGGUGGGUGCGGAUAGAAUAAAUGUACAAGUUGCUACAUCCACAGAUAACGAGACCUGGACGUUAAUGGACCACCAUGACGCGCUGCCCAGUAUGGGUGCGUGGGAAACGGGUGCUGGUGUCUGGGCUCCCGAUGUCGUCCAAGUGGAAGAUGGUUCCUUCGUCCUGUAUUACGCAGAUGUACCUACCUGGGCCCCUCAACACCACUGCGUCGGUGCUGCCACCUCGAAGAAUAUCACCGGUCCCUACGCUCCCCUCAGCCAACCAUUUGCCUGUCCGAACGUCCUUACGCAAGGAGGCGCCAUUGAUCCGGAUGGGUUCCAUGAUGUCGCCACGGACAAACGAUAUGUCGUCUAUAAGGUGGACGGCAACUCGCUCGGCCACGGUGGUGCCUGCAUGAACUCGGUGGCUCCCAUCGUUCCCACGCCCUUGAUGCUCCAGGAAGUUGCUGCAGACGGCGUAACGCCCAUUGGCAAUCCAGUUGAGCUCCUCGACCGCGAUGACGUUGAUGGCCCUUUGAUCGAAGCUCCUGCAUUACACCGUUCUCCUGAGGGAGUCUACUUUCUCUUCUACAGCAGCAACUGCUUUACAACUCCAAAGUACGAUGUAUCGUACGCCACCGCGACCAACGUCCUUGGUCCGUAUACCAGAUCGAACCGUCCACUCCUUAUCACCAGUGACGCCGGUCUCGUUGGUCCAGGCGGUAUGGACAUCAUCAAAGGUGGUGGCACGAUUGUCUUUCAUGGCCACAUGACCAUCGCGAACGACCCUGCCGAGCUAAAGCAGGCCGAGGCUAUCGCUGCUUCCACAGGCACAUCUGUGAAUAGCGUGAGCCUGCCCUUGAUUAGGGGCAUGUGGUCGGCUACUGCACAAUUUUCGGGGACGACCGUCAGCCUGGCUUGAUUGGACCACGAUCGAGCUUUGGAUUGAAAAAGCAUAUUUUUGGAGUUUGAUUUAUCUGCAGCGUUCUAGCGAGUUUUCAUCAGCGUUUUCUGAGCCCAGCAUUCAAGCGGCAAUUUGACAGCCAUCUAAACAAAAAGUAUAUACCCAGGAUAUAUGAGCCAAGAUCUAGAACUGAUACAUGCAAGCAUAUUACUAAGGUCUCCAAAGUUAUACUCUGGAGCUUCAAAGUAAAUUGUCACGAAUCCUUCUUCGGUUGCUUU